CUCGCCCUCACCUUUCGAUUAGUGUUUGUACGCGUAGAGACUCCAUUUUGUUUAACCCGAAGGUAGUUUGUAUGUUUUCGUGCAUUCAAUUCCAUUUGAUGUAUUAAAAAAAUGAGUGAUUAUUCUGCGGUCGCUCCGCCACCACAACAAAAUUUCAAUCAGUCUUCGGCCUUCGCCGCAGCCCUUCAACGUGCCAAACAGAUCGCCGCUAAGAUUAAUCCCGCUUCUACUGGUGAAACGAGACCCAAAAGGUCAUUAGAGGAUAGUUCAGAACCGGAUGCUAAAAAAGGCCCAGGAGCUAAUACAAGCCCGGCACAUUCAAACUCAGUUGGAAGACCACCCAUCCAAAACAUGGGACCCCCUGGAUUAGGACCCCCUGGAAUAGACGACAUGAAACCCGACAAAAUUGGAGGACUCCGAAUGAACAACGUAGGAAUGGGCCCUGGCGGUCCGGGCGGCCGCAACUCCAUCGAGAUCAUGAUACCCGGCCCGAAGGUGGGCCUGAUCAUCGGCAAAGGCGGCGAGACCAUUAAGCAAUUGCAGGAGAAAAGCGGCGCCAAGAUGGUGGUGAUACAGGAGGGGCCGAACCAGGAGCACGAGAAGCCGCUGGUCAUCAGCGGUGAUCCCCAAAAGGUGGAGUACGCCAAGCAGUUGGUGUACGAUCUGAUAGCCGAGAAGGAAAUGAAGAAUUUCAACAGGGCCGGCGGCCGGGGGCGCAAUCAGGGCUCCAACGACGGUUACAGCGACUUCGGCGGUGGCGGCGGAGACCAAAUGGAGGUAUUAGUGCCGAGACCGGCCGUUGGAGUUGUCAUUGGAAAAGGCGGGGAUAUGAUAAAGAAAAUACAAGCCGAGACAGGUGCGAAGGUACAAUUCCAACAAGCCAGAGACGAAGGCCCCGGAGAUAGAAGGUGCUUCUUGUCCGGGAAUCCGAAACAAGUAGAAAUGGCACGCCAACGAAUAGACGAACUGAUAGACAGUGUCUUGCAACGCGACGGCGGCGGCGGCGACAACGGCAUGGGCGGUCCCAUGGGCGGCAUGCGAGGAGGCCGAGGGGGCGGUCGCGGUCGCGGCGGCCACUUUGGCGGUCGCGGUGGCGCCGGCGGCGGCGGUUUCGACAGGGGCGACCGAAACGGCGGCGGUGGCGGCGACUUCGGCGCCAAUCAAUGGGACGAUAGGAGAAGCGGCGGCGCCGGCGGACACCAGGGCGGUCCCGGAGGCUCCGGGGGCGGUCAGGAAGUCGUCAGUUUUACGGUUCCUGCGAAUAAAUGCGGGGUUAUUAUUGGUCGCGGCGGCGAAACAAUUAAACAAAUUAAUCAGCAAUCGGGAGCUUACUGCGAAUUGGACAGGAGAUCGCAGAAUUCGAAUGCGAACGAAAAGAUAUUUUUGAUUAAAGGAGAUCCCGAGUCUAUAGAAACGGCCAAAAGGAUCAUUCAGGAUAAGGUUCAAAUGCCAUUGAAUUUUGUCUCGCAAAACGGACCAGCGGCUAUGAGUACGAAUAUGCCUACGGCUUAUCCGGGCAUGGCACCUCAAGGAUACAAUCCACAAAAUAACUGGGGCAUGCAGGCCGGUAAUUACCAGCAACAACAACAAUGGGGCGGGCAGCCACAGGGCGCAGAAUCACAGCAGGCCCCUCCGAACUCAGUACAAAUGAACCCGUCAACCGGCCAGCCGGAUUAUUCCAUGCAAUGGGCGGAGUAUUAUAGAUCUUUAGGCAUGCAUCGGGAAGCGGAAAUAAUCGAGCAGCAGGCGAAAGCCAAGGUGGCGAGCGGCGCAGCUGCGCCAGGAAUGCCCCAAUCGGCCCCUGUGGCAGGCGCGGCAUCGGCAGCCGUGGCUUCGGCCGCCGGACAAGGCCAGGCCGAUUACAGCGCUCAAUGGGCCGAGUAUUACAGGAGUAUCGGUAAAGUUAAAGAAGCGGAAGUGAUCGAAGCUCAGAUGAAGAACAAGGGUAGCACAUCGGCGCCACCGGGCGCGACGACGGCGCCUGGCGCUCAGUCGGGGGCUUAUCAGACGCCGCAAGGACAAGCGUACGCCGGAUAUCAACCGCAAGCGGCUGCAGCUGGUUAUUACGGUGGUCAACCACAAGCCACGGCGGUUCCGGGCGGUGUGCCGCAGGGAAAUUACGGUUUUCCGUCGUACAAUUACGGAAAUCAACCGGGCAGCGCUCCGACACCUCAGGAUAAUUGAUGCUAAAAAUUUUAGAAAGCGGCACCAAUUGACUGCUAAGACCUUCCAGAGAAAUCAAUUUCUUAGACCUUAAGAAAGUAUUUUAAACGAACCGGUAAUAACAAUACCAGGUAUAAUUUUUGGUUUCGCCCAACUUAGAGAAGUCGCAUUAUGCAGUAUCGAUUUUUUUUAGAUAUUUGUAGAUAUAAGGUAUUUUUUUUCUGUUUUUCCUAUAAGUUGAUCACCUCGAUUUGGAACGUUAAAUUCCAUUGAAUACAUUUGCUUUUUUACGGCCCCUUUUUGUAUUUAUAUAGGUAUAAUAGUAUGGCUAAUAUAAAUGUUUUUUUUAUGUUGAUCUUAAGAGUUUCGUUUUCAUUUUGAUACAUGUUAAGAAUUGUAGGAGUGUUUUUUUUGUCAAAUUAUUCAUAGGCUCUUCGGACAAGGGAGAUUGGAUCUGCGUAUUCCAGGGGUCCCGGCCGUUGAUCUAAAAGUAACACUGAUGGUAAAUUCAGUAAAACAAUUCAAUAUAUACAUAUUUUUUUUUACUUCUCUUUAGCGAAUUCAGUGUUGCUUUUCGAAUUCCCCACCGAAUUUGUUAUAAUGUUUUAAGCUAUUAGAUUUUUUAUGUGGUAUGAAAAAAAAAUGCUUCAAACUGUAUAAAACAUUAAACAUGACUUACAACGUGAAUUUUGGUGUCUCUUCUUUUUUAUUAUAGUUUUUUUUACAGAUCAAC